GUUGUGGGUCUGCAUCUCUUCAGUUAGUAGCUGACCAUCGUUUCGUGCAGACGUGUUUUGGUAGACAAAAUAAAACAAGAAAAAAAAAAGUUACAAGAAAACAAAAAGAUACAAGUUUAAGUUAAAGUUACCAAUUCACAUACGUUCGGAGUUUAAGUUUUUAAACAUUUUUUUAAGCAAGUUUUAGUUUUUUUCAUCUGUGCAUUAAGUGUAAACUGAACAAAUUGUUUAAACAAAUAACAGAUUAAGAAAAAAAAGUGUUUAAGAAAAAAUUUGUUAUAAUUUGAAGAAAAAAGUGUGACCAUUUGCAGUUGUUUAAAGAGAAAAACCUAAGAAAAAUUUGAAAAAAAAGCGUUUAAUAUUACGUGUGAGUGUCUAUAUAUGUAAAAGUUUCUAUGCAUGUCUGAGCAAGCAUAAUUUUUGUGCUUUUUACCCUAAAUCUAAAUAAAAUCACAACAAUAAUAAUAAUCAUAACAAAGAACAUACAAUGGAGUACAAUAUAUUAAAACACAUGCGACAAAGGCAUCAUCAACAUCAUCAUCGGGCCUCACAACCCACACAUCAUUUUUUAACGGUUAAAUUCUACUUAGCGAUAGUGUUAAUUAUAACAUUACACUGCACAGAUGUGUUAGGUUCAACACUUGGUUCCAAAUGUCAACACGAUAUGGAUUGUACAGAUUUCAUAAAGGGUUCAUCUUGUUCGGCCCAGGGUUAUUGUGAAUGUGCACCUUAUUAUGUACAAUAUAAUACAACAACAUGUUUGUCUUCUCAACUUCUGGGUGGUGAUUGUACUCUCAACGAACAGUGUACCAUGAAAGUGGCCAACAGCAGUUGUUUGGAUGGUGCCUGCCGUUGUGUAGAAGGUUUUCUACAGUUCCGUAAACACACAUGUCUUGGACCUGCUCCACCUGGUUCUGUCUGUUACAGUCAUGCCCACUGUCAAAUGUUUCAUGCCCGCACCCAUUGUGAUUUCUUAAUUCCCAAUCUGUUCGGUCGUUGUCAAUGUACCGCUCCUGCCAAACUUAAGGCUGGUGUGUGUGUAGACAAUACAAUUGAAGAAGUUCAGGUACCAGUAGCCCAAACUACCACUACUACAACAACUGCUCCUGUUAAGGAAACUGAAGCUCCUCUUAAUCUUGAACAAGAACCAGCAAUUGUAGCUACCCAACCUCAGGUUUUGGCUGAUCCCAUAGUAGAAGAACAAGCUGAUCCCACAGUAGAAGAACACGCUGAUCCCGUUAAACAACAAUUCCAACAAGAACCCGAAGAAACAGCCAAUGUUUCGGUAGAAGAACAAGAGUGGGACGAUGAUAAAGAUAUUGUGCAGCUCACAUCAAAAACUCCCAUUGAAUUGCCAGAAGAUACAGCAACACACUAUGAACCCUUAACACCCGCUCAAACUGAGGAACAACACGCUCAAGAGGCUACAGAAAUUUCGGAAACUCAACAAUAUGUUCCCAAUACUACUGAUGAUUAUCCCUAUAAAAUUGAAGAGGAAGAAAAUCAUACAGAGGCCCAAAAACAAGAACAGGCUGAAGAACAUCUGUCGGAGACAGACAUGCAAGAAGAAGAACAUAAUGAAUAUGGCGAUGUGGUAGAUAAUACCAUGAAUUUUGAUUAUGAAGCCGCCCAACAGGAGAUGGAGGAUAAUUUGGAACAAGAACAUGAUGGUGAAGAACACGAGCAAGUUCAGCAAGUUCAGCAAGAAGAGGUAGAAGACUUGGACAAACAUGAACAAGAGCCAGAACAAGAACAAGAGCAAGUUGAUAAUCAAGAGCAAGAAUUGGAACAUGAGGUAGUACAAGAUGAAAUAAAGACUGAGUCAGAAUAUCAGCCAGAAGCUCAACAAGAAAAUGAAGAAGUUCAGGAACUAGAGCAACAACAAGAUCAUGCAGAAAAUCCUGAAACGGAACAAGAACAACAUGUUACCGAACAGGAACAAGAUCUAGAUCAAGAGCAUGAAGAAAAGCAUCAGUCAGAAGAUGAACAACAACAACAUCAAGAAGAACACGAACAAAUUGAAGAGACUGAACAAGAGCACGAAGAAAAUUCUGAAUCAGAACAAGAGCAAAUUCAUGAACAACUUAAUGAGUUAGAACAUGAGCAAGAAGAGCAUGUAAAACAUCUAGAACCAGCCAAUGAACAAGAACCAGAACAAAUUCAAGUGUCCGAACAGGAACAAGUAGAUAAUCAGGAAUCAGAACAUCAACAAGAAGAAAAACACGAAGAACUUGAACCAGAACACACUCAGGACUCUGAGCAGGAACAUGUGGAAAAUCAAGAAUCAAACCAACAACCAGAAAAUGAGCCCGAACAAGAACAAAUUCAAGAUUCUGAGCUGGAACAUGUCGAAAAUGUAGAGGCCGGACAUGAAUCAGCUGCUGAACAAGUACAGGAGACUCAGCAUGAAGAAGAGUAUGCUGAAACUCCUGUUAAUGAAUCUGAACAGGAACAUGUAGAAAAUCCAGAAACAGUAUCGGAACAUGAUCUGGAAUCAGAGCAGGAACAAGGACAAGUGGAACAUCAAGAAUCAGAACAUGACAAAGAGCCAGAGAAUGUUCAUGAAACAGUAUCGGAAACACAACAAGAACAGGAAGAAAAUCAUGAAUCAGCAUAUGACAAAGAGCCAGAGAAUGUUCAUGAGCCAGAAGAGGAACAAAAUUAUGAAGCUAACCAGUUACCAUCAGAGCCAGAAAGCGAAGUUCAUGAACUAGAAGAAGAACAAGAGAAUGUAGAUCACCAGCAGCAAUCGGAGCCAGAAAACGAAGCUCACGAACAAGAACAGGAGCUUGAAGAAAAUCAUAAGGAGCAAACUGAACAGGAACAUUCUGAAGAAACUCAACCAGAACAAGAAUUCGAAUAUGAACAAAAUCAAGAGCAUGAGACAGAACAUAAUAUUGAACAACAAUCCGAUGAAGAUCAUGAUGAUGUUACAGAACAUAACGAAAUUGAAGAACAACAAGCUGUUGAGCAACAUAACGAAGAGCAUGCUGAACAAGAAGAUCAUAUUGUUGAACAAGAUCAUAUCGAACAACUGGAUCACAUAAUCUCUGACAAUAAUGAAAUCAACAACAUACCACCCAAACAACAGCAACAAGACAAUCAAGAAGAAAGUUUAAAUGAAUCAUUAAGCUUACAAUCAAUAACAAAUGAAAUUCAUCAUGAUCAAACCGAUGAAGUUGUAGCGGAAAAUGAAAGUGUUCAAAAUGAAAAUGAAGCAAACACACAACAACAACAGCAGCCUGAAGCUGUGACGAUGGCAAAUGAUGAAGUUAUUACCACACAAUCGGCUGUACUUGAGGAAGAAGUUAAAAAUGUACCAGAAGCUGAAAUCGAUUUAAGCAAUAGUCAAAAUGAACAACAACAACAGGUUGCUUCUUCGGUUGUUGAUGAGUCGGUUGUCAAUGAUGAGAAGAUCGUAGACAAUGAGGAAGAGAAACUUGUAGGCCAACAAAUUGAUGAAAACAAUGCUGCGGGCCAAAUUGCGGACACUAACGAAGCAGAGGAAGAACAACAACAGCAAGAAGAAGAAAUGUUGCAAGAAACCACAGAAAAAAUGCCUGAAGUAGAUAACCAUACUGAUGGCGAUGCUGAAAACUCUGAUCAUCAUGUGUUUGAAGAUUUCGAAAAUCAACAAGAAGAUAAACAAAAUGAAAUUUCAACCGAACAAAACAUAGAAACUGACCAAAUUAAUCAAGAUGUUAAUGAUAUUGAACAACAUGAACCUGUUGAACAAAUAGAAGAGGAACAUGAUGAACCAAUUGCAUUAGAUGAGAAACAUUUGGAAGAAGAGCAACCUGUUACUGUGGCCAACAUUGAGGAAGCUCAAGAUCAAAUUGCAGAGGAACAAACAGUUGUAGAAGAAAUAUUACCUAAUGAAACUGAUCAUGAGUUGGUAAAUGAAGAGGAUCAUCAUAUUUCUCAAGAAGCUAUGACAGAACAACCUCAAUAUUUGGAAAAUGAGCCUGCAACUGAGACUGCCGAAGAGGAACAUAAACCCCAUGAAGAACUCGCAGCCGAGCAGGAACAUAAUGAAGAACAACGGCAACAAGAACAAGAUGUUGUCACUGAAUCCUCUUUGGAAGAUUUGAAACCCAUCAAUAAUGCAAUUGAAGAAGAUGAAGAACAUAAGGAAGAAACUGUUAAAGAAGAAAACCAAGAAGAUAUAUUCCAAAUGAACUCGGAAGAUGUAGCAUCUCUAGAACAAUCUGAAAACUCAGAAACUAUCAAUCAAAAUGAAGAAACUUUUGGCGAAAUCACAGAAAAUAAUGAACAAUCAGAAGUCAAUGGUGACAGUAAUGAAAACUCGGUAGUAAGUGAAAAUGUAGAACCCUUAGCUCAUCAUGAAGAAACUGUCAUAGAACAUGAAGAGGAUUUGGCAGAAUCCACAACUUUGCCCACUGAAGAAGAGCAUAAAGAAGAAGAUGAUAUUGCCGAUAACUUGGAACAUGUUAAUGAAAAGACUGAAGUUGUUGAAGAAACUAAUCAAGAUGCAGAGAAAGCUGUGGAAGAUAAUGAACAACAUGAAGCCGAUAAUGUGGAAAAUGAAGAGGAUCAACAUAAAGAGGUCGAAGAACAUCUCGCAGAUAUAAGUAAAGAAGAGGAACACAAAGAGUCGGAACACAUGGCAGAAUCAGCGGAUGUUAAUAAUGCUGAAAUCGAGCCAAUGUUCAGCAACGAAGAACCUCCACAAGUUACCGAAUUACCAAUCGAAAGCGACAAUGUGCCAUCUGAAACACUCCAAGAAAUUGAAGAACCAACUCCAACAUUAGCUGACAGAAUUGAUGAUGAUAAUGAAGAGUCUGCAAAUGAGGAAACUGUUAACCACUAUGGGACUCUUAAUCAAGACAGCAUUGAAGACAAUGAGGUGUCACAAGGUGAACAAACCGAAAGUGAAGAAAAUGUCUAUCUCAAUCAACCACAAAAUAGUUACUUUAACCAAGAUGAAAUAAUUGAUUCUGCUAGACCUGUAAAUGAAGAAUUCAAAGAAAGCGAAUCUAUUAGCGACAUUUUAAAUAAUCUCAUGAAAGAAGAGGUGACCCUACAACCCGAAUAUGGCCAAGAAUCCGAUUUCAAUGAUCAUUUGCAAAAUAUGCAUGAAAGUGAUGUAGCUGAUCUCUUGGCAGAAGAUACAAACAUCUCCGAGGAAUCGGUUAUGUCGCAACAAUUGCCAACUCAAGAUUCUACUGAAGCACCUAUUGAUCCAGGAGAUAAACUUAUAACUUUCUAUCCUGAUAUGCAAGAAGUGCAACCAGUACAACAAUUACCCAUCACAAGCCAAGAAGAACAACAGCAACAAGAGUCUGUCGAACAACAACAAGAAGAAGCUUCGGGAGAUGAUGAGAAGACACAUGCAGAAGAUAAUGAAAUUGAAAAGACUGAAGAAGAACAUCAUACCUUAUCACCCUUAGAUCUGCCCUUCGAUACCUCGGUAGAUUAUGAGCCUCAACAAUUCGAAGCCGACAACUUGGUGGUAGAAACUACCACAAUUUCAACUAAUGACUUGAAGGUGGAGGAAAAUAAUGAACAGACUGAAACCACUACCUCAGCUGGAGCUAUUGAGGAAUUGACUACACAAACUAUGUUGAAUUUGGCUAGUCGUGUUACUCUUAUGGAACCAGCUGCUCCCAUAGCCACCACCCUAAGACCUUUAAUGUCUUUGAAUGCUAAUGAUGAGGUAACAGCCGAGCCCUCUAUUGAUGCUCCCAUUAUGGAAAGUCUAUUGACCACAAAACCCACCACAGAAAUUCGCAAACGUGUGGAAUUGAGUUUGGAAGCUGUUUCCUUGGGUUUGUCUUGCUCCAAUGAUAAACAAUGUCAACUGGCCGAUCCUAAUACAGUUUGUAAUGCUCGUGGUGUUUGCGAUUGUGCCGCCAAUGCUUACUCCUCUCAGAUGCAAAACGAUGCUUCUGCGGCUCAAUGUGGUGCCGAGAGAACAGGUUGUGCUCCUGGUACUUUCCAAUGUCGCUCUAGUGGCGUUUGCAUAUCUUGGUUCUUUGUCUGUGACGGCCGUUCUGACUGUAAUGAUGCCUCUGAUGAGGAAUGUACUUUCAAUACACGCCUUAAUCAAACCUGCCCCAGUCAAGCUUUCCAAUGUGGUCAAAGUGGACGUUGUAUUUCAAGGGCUGCGCUCUGUGAUGGUCGCAAACAGUGUCCACAUGGUGAAGAUGAAAUUGGCUGCACAGCCUUGAAAUCGGAAGACUCCUGUCCACCACACACUUUCCGUUGCAAGAGCGGUGAAUGUUUGCCCGAAUAUGAAUACUGUAAUGCCAUUAUAUCGUGCCGUGAUGGCAGUGAUGAACCACCACAUUUGUGUGGUUCCCGCUCAAUGCCCAAUUUCUUUUUGCAACUUUUAACCGCUGGUGGUUUGAUGAAUAAGAAUAUCGAUAAUAAUGCCUAUUGCCCACACAGAUGCAGCAAUGGUAGAUGUCGUUCAACGGCCAUAGUAUGCUCGGGCCGUGAUGGCUGUGGUGAUGGUACAGAUGAACAAACCUGUUCAGUGUGUAGAUGCCCUGCCGUUAACUAUGAUAAACCUGCCAUCAAUGUUUCAGAAUUUUUGGCCAGACAUCGUCCCAUGCCUUUGUGGUAGACUGCUUGCUUACACUACCUGUCUUUCCCUUUUCACCGUUUAUAAUUAACUACUUUUAUGCAUUUGCCACUUGGAAGAAACCAACAAUUUUUCUAGUUAUAGGUUUAUUUAUUUCUACAACUUUUCACCCCAUUUCCACCCACACCCCCACAACUCCACACACAUUUUAAUUAUUUAUUUCUUGGCACUACACAAUUUUAUUUAAUGAAAAUUUUCUCACAAAAAAACUUCUACUAAAAAAUUGUCUCCUUGCUAGCAAAGGUUUCGUUUAAAAAAAUAUUUUUAAAAUUAACGUUUUUUUAAUCAAUGGCUACUUUUUCUGGUUUUUUAAAUGUUUUAUCGCGCAAACCUUUGAUCUAGCGAUGUCUGACAAUUGAAUUUAUGGAAAAAAAGUGUUAGUGUUGCAAAACGGCAUAAAACAAAUAUUUUAUUUCAUUAUUUAACUAUUUAUUUUUCAUUGCAUUUAUUUUAUAAGUUAUUAUUUUUUUAAAACUCUAUCCCUUUAUUUUCUUAUAAAUAUAUUUAAAAGCCCCACUUGCAUGUUGAAAAGUGGACGAUAAAGUGAAGAAAAACAAAAAUAAAGUAAAACAAAAUAAUUUUUUUAAAAGAAUUUAAAAAUGUAUAUUCU